AUGGCAUCAGCAUCAUCAUUAUCAUCAUCAGCAGCAGUUGCAUCAGUAGCACUAGCAGCAGCAGCAGUAGUGGCAUCAGCAGCAGCAGUAGCAGCAUUAUCAUCAUCAGCAGCAGCAGUCAGUAGCAGCAGCAGCAGUAGUGGCAUCAUCAUCAACAGCAGCAGCACCAACAGCAGCAGUAAUGGCAUCAGCAUCAUCAUUAUCAUUAUCAUCAGCAGCAGCAGUUGCAUCAGUAGCACUAGCAGCAGCAGCAGUAGUGGCAUCAGCAGCAGCAGUAGUGGCAUCAGCAGCAGCAGUAGCAGCACCAGCAGCAGCAGUAAUGGCAUCAGCAUCAUCAUUAUCAUCAUCAGCAGCAGUUGCAUCAGUAGCACUAGCAGCAGCAGCAGUAGUGGCAUCAGCAGCAGCAGUAGCAGCAUUAUCAGCAGCAGCAGCAGCAGUAGCAGCAGCAGCAGUAGUGGCAUCAGCAGCAGCAGUAGCAGCACCAGCAGCAGCAGUAAUGGCAUCAGCAUCAUCAUUAUCAUCAGCAGCAGCAGUUGCAUCAGUAGCACUAGCAGCAGCAGCAGUAGUGGCAUCAGCAGCAGCAGAAGCAUUAUCAUCAUCAUCAGCAGCAGCAGAAGCAUUAUCAUCAUCAUCAGCAGCAGCAGCAGCAUUAUCAUCACCAGCAGCAGCAGUACGAAGAACAUUUCAGCUGGCAGCGGACACUGA